GCGCGGGAAGAGGAGCGUGCAGGAGCCGCAGGGCGGAGGAAGGCGGGGAUCGCGAGGGCGCGGGCCAGGGAAGAGUCCCCGGGGCGGCUGGGCGGGUGGCGUCCGGAGCUCGACUGGGGGUCGCGGUGGAGAUGAGGCGGCAGCCAGCGGGGAGAUGAGGCGCUGCGCGAGGAAGCAGGAUCCGAGAGGGCGAGCCCGCUGUCCGCACCUGCGUGUCCGGGAGCGGCUCAGCGUCACCUGGGAGCCUGUCUGAAAUGCAGAAUCUCAGGUCCGACUCCAGACCCACAGAAUCAGAAUCUGCAUUUUUAACAAGAUCUUAGAUUUUGUAAUUAGAGAAAGUGAAGUGAAAGGUUGACUUGCUCAAGAAACUGAUUAGAUUUCAAGAUUUGCAUUCAGGCUCAAAACGUUCAGUGGGACAGGAACCAAAGUACCUCGUGAUGUGUCAAGACAAACCUGGAAAGACUGGGAGCUGUUAACUGGCCUGCCUCAAUGAAUCAUCUGGUACUUCUUUUUGUCUCUAGUUUUGAAAGCUUCCCAGAGGCAACCUGAAAUCCAGAAUCUUCUCAGAAUAGGAUGAGGGAAAUUCUGAAGUUUUCAUUAAACACAUUUCUCCCUCAAGCUUUGGGAGGAGCCAGAAUGCCAAAGGCAAGAAUCCCUGAACAUCGCCUACACUGUUGUGAUGUCCUGAUAAAUGUCUAACAAACCCAGCAUGUGUCCACUGGGCCUGACCAGCUGCUGCGCAAAGUUCCAGAACAAUGAGACAUCUUGGGAUUCAUCUGGUUUGGGAAAGACCUUUAACUCCCACGUAGUAGUCACCUCAGUGUGUUCUUUAAAUAGUCAAGUUUCAAGGUCUUUGCAUGGUGGUCGGUUCUGAGGGCAAGAAACAAAAGGAUGACCUUAUUCUGUGAGCAGGACUGCUGUGAAAGAAGGAGCUGUGUGUGUCUGAGUCUGUGGGAAGAGAGAGCCACCUAGAAUGUCCCCGCCAAACCAGUCAGUGGAAGGCCUUCUCCAGGGGACUCCUAACAGAUCCCUGAAUGCCACAGAAACACCAGAGGCUUGGGAUCCAGGGACCCUCCAAGCCCUCAAGAUUUCUCUUGCGGUGGUCCUUUCCAUCAUCACACUGGCCACAGUUCUUUCCAACGCCUUUGUGCUUACCACCAUCUUCCUGACCAGGAAGCUCCACACCCCAGCCAACUAUCUCAUUGGCUCCCUGGCCAUGACUGACCUCUUAGUUUCCAUCUUGGUCAUGCCCAUCAGCAUCCCAUACACCACCACCCACACCUGGAGCUUUGGCCAAAUCCUGUGUGACAUCUGGCUGUCUUCGGACAUCACAUGCUGCACGGCCUCCAUCCUGCAUCUCUGUGUCAUUGCUCUGGACAGGUACUGGGCCAUCACGGACGCCCUGGAGUACAGUAAACGCCGGACAGUGGGCCAUGCGGCUGCCAUGAUCGCCGUGGUCUGGCUCAUCUCCAUCUGCAUCUCCAUCCCACCACUCUUUUGGCGGCAGGCCAAGGCUCAUGAAGAGAUGUCAGACUGCCUGGUGAACACUUCUCAGAUCUCCUACACCAUCUACUCUACCUGUGGGGCCUUCUACAUCCCAUCUGUGUUGCUCGUCAUCCUCUACGGCCGGAUCUACGUGGCUGCCCGGAACCGCAUCCUGAACCCGCCUUCGCUCUACGGGAAGCGCUCCACCACAGCCCAGCUCAUCACAGGCUCCGCGGGGUCCUCGCUCUGCUCGCUCAACCCCAGCCUUCAUGAGGGGCACUCUCAUUCUGCCGGUUCCCCUUUCUUUUUCAACCACGUGAAAAUCAAGCUUGCAGACAGCGUCCUGGAGCGCAAGAGGAUUUCGGCAGCUCGAGAGAGGAAAGCCACUAAAACCCUGGGGAUCAUUCUGGGGGCCUUCAUCGUCUGCUGGCUGCCCUUCUUUGUUGCAUCUCUGGUCCUCCCCAUCUGCCGGGACUCCUGCUGGAUCCACCCAGCUCUUUUUGACUUUUUCACCUGGCUAGGCUAUUUAAACUCCCUCAUCAAUCCAAUAAUCUAUACUGUGUUUAACGAAGAGUUCCGACAAGCAUUUCAGAAGGUUGUCCAUUUCCGGAAAGGCUCUUAGUCUUAUUUGGUGGUGACUCUUGUUAUCUUUUAUGUCCUGUAGUCCCAUUGGAAUUGUCUUUUUUAUUUUUCCUAAGAGUUGGGUUAAUCUUGGUAUCUUGGGUUUUGGUUCA